AAAGUCAAAAAGGGGCCUAAGCUUUCGAUCCUAGCAAAAUCUUUGUCGGAGGCAAAAUGGCAAACAUAUAAAGUGGAACAACCAUAAUAUAGACCACAAAAAAGCUACAGCAACGCUAGAAACAAGGAGACAAAAGGGGCAUUAGUGAGUAGAGAAGACCAAUCAGCUUAGUGAAGGGGGUGAAAGAAAAGGAGUAGGCAGACACAAAGAGAAGUUAGUAUUGUUUACUUCAGACGAGUCUAGUCUACCAUGAUUGAUCUAUCAAACACUUCUUUCAUGCCGGAAGAUGAGGAGGAGGAGGACAACCUAGGUCCGAGGAAGGGUCUGGCGGGAUUCAUGGGCACAAUUGCAGUCUUGGGAUUCUUCGGAAACUCCCUUGUCGUUCUUGCUGUCGUCUUGUAUCCAAAGCUGCGGACAAUUACCAACGUGUAUCUCACAAGCCUUGCCUGCAGCGAUAUCCUUUUGAGUUUAACCAUUCCGUGGCUGAUUGUCGGGUUGGUAUCGCCUCAAGGAUGGCCACUAUCGGAUGAGAGCUGUAUAUUGGUGGCUAUUCUCCGAUUCACCUGUAGCGGUAGCAGUGUGUGGCAUUUGGUUGCUAUCGGAUUCAACCGAAUGAUCCUCAUCACAACUUCAAGUGAAACUUACAGAAAGAUAUACAGCCGUGCUAACACUGCCAUUAUUCUCUUGGUCACGUGGUUAAUUCCUUUCACCGUCAUCAUAGUACCUUAUGCCAUUGGUGCCACGGAACUCGGCUAUGAUGACGGUCCUCAUCUCUGCAGUGACAUCGAAGACCGGCCAGACGGAACGGAGAAUCUCCUCCACACCUACAUAGCUGGUACCUUCUUAACAUGCAUCCCGUUGUUCACCGUGUUAUGCGUAUACCUCCGCAUCUAUGUUCAUGUCCGACUGCACGUGCGGAAGCAGAAUGCGUGGUCUUCGGGGCAUCAGAAGCAGCAGCAGCAGAACAAUGUGGUAGCUACCGUAAGUUCAACUGUUCAAGACCAAGGAUCAACCGAGAAGCAAAGCAAAGAAGGCACUAACAGUAGCGAAGGUGUUAGUGAGAACAACGCAGGCGGAGGUAGCCAAUCCAAAGCAGCUCAUGAAAAUAAAACAAAGAAUCCCACCGCUGCCACCAAUAAACCACCAGCCAAGAAAGGCAACGACCUCGAGACCCGUAUCACAAAGAACACUUUCUACGUGGUCGUUGGGUUCCUCCUAUGCGUUGUUCCAUACGGCAUCUGUGUCCUCAACCGAUUUGGGCCCGAUGGUACACCUUUAGGUCAAGGUUUCCUUUUGUUCAACGUUUGCAUGAACCCAAUAAUCUACGGCACCAAGCACCCACACUUCAGGGCGGCCAUCAGAAAUAUCUUCAUGGGUCGAGUUUCGGGCCCACUGGCCACGUCUAAUUCAGUUGGACCAGUCAGUCAAACACAAGGCACUACUUGAUUAUCAUAUGAAUUCUAGACUGUCUCUGAUAAAUGACAUUUAUUUGAACCGUAUGGAAAAUAAUCAUAGUUUGGUUUGAUUUUUCGCACCACCGUAGACCUUGCACCGUGGUAGGAUGUGGGUGAUAUUAUUCACCCGACGUUUCGCAAAUAACAAACUGUCUAUGUAACUAACUAUUGAUUAAUUGUGGGUCAGGUUAUGGCUAAAAUUGUACAUUCGUUCUCAUGUCUUCAUCUAAUUUUCCGUAUACAACUAAUAUGACGUUGACAGUCGUUUGAGUUGAAUAUUGACUUACAAAUUUUUUUUUUUCUGACUUAUCAAACAGAUCGAUCAUUGCGAUCAUAUUUACUGGGUGAAAGACAUAAGUAUUUGCAAUAUAAUGAAACUUCCCCAAGCAAGCGUAUAACAUUCAUUUUCAUUGUCCAUGGCGGACUAAUAUAAGCAUGCAUGUCAGUUUAAAUCAGGGGAACUGAGGGCUCUGUUCUUAUUUCAUAUCAUGAUCAUGGACCAGUGAUGGCCUGGUGGUACAUUCGCUGACCGGCAAUCAUGAGAGGGUCAAAUCCUGCUGGUUUCUAGAUUUUUUCUGACUUAUCAGAUAAAUCGAUCAAUGCGAUCUUAUUUACUGGGUGAAAGCCAUAAUUUUUUACAAUGAAAUAAAAUAAUAAUUGGUAAAGUAUAUCCUGUCAGACAUACACCAAGUUGUUUUGGCGUCUGGCUUCUUUUGGUUGUUCGUUAUAUUAAAUCAUUUAAGAAUCCACAAUAAUCGUUCACCGCAAAGUACAACAAGCAUUAUUAUUAAAACCCAUGGAAAUUUGUCAACCCAAUUUUAAGUUUGAAAGUAAGGUGUCACCUAGAAAUCAAUUGUGCUUGGCUUGUCAAGUGUAAAUGUAUGAAUGAGCACAUUAUUAUUAUUAUUAUCAUUAUAUUUAUCAGGGACACGAUGCACUAUAGUAUCAAAGAAUAUUUAAUGAGAUUUACAAUUUACGAAGAUCACUGAUAUUUUAUUGAUUUGUAAAUUGAACGUCGGGUUAUCAGGCCUUGUUUACACUUAGUCCUAAUGAGAAAUGUAUAUUUUUUUAAGGUUACCUGUACUAAAUACAACAGCGUCUGUUUUCUUCCAAGGAUAUUACAUUAAAUUUUUCAUUCCAAUAUCCGAGAAUCACCAGACUACUCCGUCGAAUAGAGUAAUAAAUAAUGUGAAUUUUCAUUCGAAAUCAAUAGCGUGAUUGAUUCAAUUUCUAUGUGCAUGAUGUGUCGGUCACAACGGCCUAAAAUAAAAUAUUUAUGAAAAAACCUUGAGAUGUUGGUAUAAAAUAACUUUUAAGAGAAUAAAUAAGUAAUACGAAAAACCUGGUCGGUUACAGUGUGUGUUCGCAGCAUGAUGAGAAGAUUUGACAGUAAUAUUUGGACAUAUUUCACUCUCAAUCUCGGGCAAAGGCAAGAGUGAUCGAUCAUUAAUUCAUAAAAAUCAAUAAGUGGUGCAGCAUGUAAAAUCUGCUUGAUUUAUUGAUUUUUAUUCCUGAAGAUUUUGGUAAAUAAAAACAUUCUCCAUACAUGAGAAUAUCGAUUACCCUUGACAUUUUCCCUAUCCGGAAUUGACAUCUUCUUAUCUAUUCCUAUUUUGGAAAAUCCAUCUAAAUGUAUUCCUGAAUUACACAAUCAAUCAAGUAUUGGUGAAAAGGGGGAGAGAGAGAGAGAGAAGGGGGGGGGGGGGUAUACUACAUCAUAUGGAACCAAGAAAUGAAACGGACCUUUCUUCUUUUAUAAGGAGUGGUGCAGAUAACAUACGAAAUGGAGUUUCAUUUAUUCACUUUUCUAUGUCAAACAACUUCAGAUUUUGUUAAAUGCUGCCUUUACUGACUGCUGCAUUUCGUAGAGCUAUUUUACAAAAAAGUAGAUUUUAUUCUUCAUAUAAAGAUGUGGAUUUAUGAAAUAUGUAUGUAAGGGAUUAUAUUUAUAUUGUAUUUGGUUGAUGUUGAUUAUCAUCGUACUGAAAAUGAUUGUUUCAUAUUUUUUUAUAUAGCAGUGACAAGAAUUAUUGUUUUGAGCACUGCACUAAAUGUGUUUUGAAAAAUCGAUAUUUUAACUGAUAUCUGUAUAUUCUUCGGAAAAUAGAAGAUAUAUUUUCCUCCUUAAGUGAAGUACCUACAUGUACAUUUAUGUCCAGGUUUUCACACAUGUUCAGUCUCUAUAGAAAGGUUUCAUUUCUUCACCCAUCAAUCCAUCCUGACACCUGUUAAAUCUUGCUCGAAAUUACACAAAUUUUUCUUCAAACAAAUUGCAUGUAUGUUUUCACAAAUGACUUUUGUGGUUGAUACUCAGUGGCGGAUCCAGGGGGUGGCGCAGGGGGCGCGCGCCCCCCUAAUAUUCGGCGCCGCUC